GGGUUGACUUCAGGAGGUGAGACCCGCGCAGGUAGACGGAACCAAUGCCCAGGGGGUAGGGCCUAAGUUGUAGUUAAAAGCUCUGCUUUCAGAUUCUGUGUUGUUAAAUAUGGAACCCUUCCUUUUAAUUUUCCACGGGCCCCUGAAAAUAUGUAACUUGUGCUGUGUGUUCCUGCUUCCUCCCGUGUCUACCGUACCUGUACAUAGUAGGUCCCUGAAGCAUUUGUUAACUGGCAGAGGGUGAGAGUCUCAGAGAGGCCAUUCCCCACUCACACCUGUGUCCGCCCAUCCUAUUUCCUGGGUGCCAGUGCCAAUUCCUUGAGGGAGUUUUUCUUUUUCUUUUUUCCUGGAAAGUUAACCUCGGGAUGCUUAAGGGAAGGAAACUGUUUCCAUAUCUGAUAACUUAGUAACUUAAUAUGUGUGAUAACUUAGUAGUUUGAUUUGUAUAGAUUCUCCUAGCGCUGGGGUUAAGGAAGUACUGUUCUGUACUGGGCUAUUGUACCACCUGACUAAAGGAGAGGGGAAAAAAACCACUUUGCUCACACGUGGAGAGGUGAACAGUGCAGCUCAUGUCAUGGUGCCUGGGAAAUAGAGAGGAUGCAGAGGGAGGCGCUGGCAAAAUAUGUUGCCUAGCGACAAGCCCCAGUAACCUCUAUCCUCCAACUGGCCCCCAGUUUUUACCUUCUGUCACCUCCCCAUAAUUCCACCAUGUUUUGAACCCAUCAAAGGAGUGACCUUCUGAUUCUGUCAGAGCCCAUGGUCUAAUUACCUUUGGAAGCUACUUCACAGACACCCCAGAAGCGAACAGCAUUGCUUUCCUUGGCCCUUCUCGAUCUCUUCAAGUUGAGACUCAGACUUAGUCAUCAACCUCCAUAAAAGAAAACCAGAAAAUGUAGUUACUCCAGAAUAUGGGAUCUGUCUAGGAUUGGUAUCUUCAUGGGUAGAACUGGAGGGAAACUGUCCUUUUCUCCUUUGGAGAUGUUUCAAUGUUCUUUUCCCAGUCAGAGGGUGUGUGUGUGUGUGUGUGUGUGUGUGUGUGUGCGUGUGUGGUGUAUAAAUGUGUUUGUGUGUAUGUGCUCAUAUUAAUGCAGAAGUCAGAGGUCGGCAUCAAGUAGAUUCCUCAGCUACUUCCCACCUUGGCUUAACUGACUGACAGCCCACUCUGCGCAUCCAUUGCCUGUAGCAUUAGUCUUACAGAUGAACUCUGCUGAGCUAGGCUUGUUGGUGCAUGCUGGGGCUGUGAGCUUGGGUCUUAGAGCUUGUCUCGGACGCAUUUCACUGACAUAGCUGACUUUAGUCCCUCUCCGUUUCUAUAACUGGAGACAGAUGCCUCUCUGGGAAGGACCCAUUCAUUUUUUCAGAAACACACCCACCAGCUGAAAGCACCUGAGCUGCUGACCCACCACGGUGGCAAGGCACCCGUCGCUGUGUCCCCUGCCGUGUGCUUCCCUCUCUUGCCAGUUUCCAUCACUCCCAGGUCUGACCUUAUCUCUGCUGCCCUCUGGACUUUUCAUCAUCUCCCUGAUUUGUUCCUCAGGCUGCUGAGUCUUUUCUAGAUAUCCAAGGUCAAUUAGGACUUUUGAAAUCUACAGUGGAAGCCCUGGAUAUUGGGUGUGGCCAGGAAGCCUGUGUUUUCUCACCCACUCAGCCUGUGUUUGUUGAGCUCCUUUUGUGUACCAGCUCUGAGAUUUUCCUUGGGGGCACCAGGCAGUUUAAUGGAAUCCCUUGACUUUGGAGUCAGUGAAACAGCUCAUCGCUGAGGGUAAUAAAGACGAGCUACAGAAAUGCUUUGGCGCCCGGAUGGAGUUUGGGACAGCUGGCCUUCGGGCUCCUAUGGGAGCAGGGAUUUCUCGAAUGAAUGACUUGACCAUCAUCCAGACCACACAGGGAUUUUGCAGGUACCUGGAAAAGCAGUUCAGUGACUUGAAGCAGAGGGGUGUGGUGAUCAGCUUCGAUGCCAGAGCUCACCCAGCCAGUGGAGGCAGCAGCAGAAGGUUUGCCCGACUGGCUGCGACUGCAUUUAUCAGCCAGGGGGUCCCUGUGCAUCUCUUCUCUGAUAUAACCCCCACCCCAUUUGUGCCCUACACAGUGUCACAUCUGAAGCUCUGUGCCGGGAUCAUGAUCACUGCCUCACACAAUCCGAAGCAGGACAACGGCUAUAAGGUCUACUGGGACAAUGGAGCCCAGAUCAUCUCUCCACACGAUCGAGGCAUUUCUCAAGCUAUUGAAGAAAAUCUAGAGCCCUGGCCACAGGCUUGGGACGACUCUUUGAUUGACAGCAGCCCCCUGCUUCACAACCCCAGCGCUUCCAUCAGUAAUGACUACUUUGAAGACCUUAAAAAAUACUGUUUUCACAGGAGUGUGAACAAGGAGAGCAAAGUGAAGUUUGUGCACACCUCUGUCCAUGGCGUGGGUCACAAGUUUGUGCAGCUGGCGUUCAAGGCCUUUGACCUUGCUCCUCCUGAAGCUGUCCCCCAGCAGAAAGAUCCAGAUCCUGAGUUUCCAACUGUCAAAUACCCAAAUCCUGAGGAGGGUAAAGGUGUCUUGACUUUAUCUUUCGCCUUGGCUGACAAAAUCAAGGCCAAAAUUAUCUUAGCCAAUGACCCAGAUGCCGACAGACUUGCUGUGGCAGAAAAGCAAGACAGUGGUGAGUGGAGAGUGUUCUCUGGCAAUGAGUUGGGGGCCCUGCUGGGAUGGUGGCUCUUCACGUCUUGGAGAGAAAAGAACCCAGAUCGAAGCACCCUCAAAGACACAUACAUGUUGUCCAGCACUGUCUCUUCUAAGAUCUUGCGGGCCAUUGCCUUGAAGGAGGGCUUCCAUUUCGAGGAAACAUUAACUGGCUUCAAGUGGAUGGGAAACAGAGCCAAACAGCUAAUAGACCAGGGGAAGACGGUCCUGUUUGCAUUCGAAGAAGCUAUCGGAUAUAUGUGCUGUCCCUUUGUUCUGGACAAGGAUGGUGUCAGUGCAGCUGUCCUAAGCGCAGAGCUGGCAAGCUUUCUAGCAACCAAGAAUUUGUCUUUGUCUCAGCAGCUCAAGGCCAUCUACAUAGAGUAUGGCUAUCACAUUACCAAAGCUUCAUAUUUUAUUUGCCACGAUCAAGGCACCAUUCAAAAAUUAUUCGGAAACCUGAGAAACUAUGAUGGGAAGAAUAAUUAUCCCAAAACAUGUGGCAGGUUUGAAAUCUCUGCUAUCAGGGACCUUACAACGGGCUAUGAUGACAGUCAGCCUGAUAAAAAAGCCGUUCUUCCUACCAGUAAGAGCAGCCAAAUGAUUACCUUUACCUUUGCCAAUGGAGGCGUGGCGACCAUGCGUACUAGUGGGACGGAGCCCAAAAUCAAGUACUAUGCAGAGCUGUGCGCUCCCCCUGGGAACAGUGAUCUGGAGCAGCUGAAAAAGGAACUAGAUGAGCUAGUCAGUGCCAUUGAAGAGCAUUUCUUCCAGCCACAAAAGUAUAACCUGCAGCCAAGGGCAGAAUAAAUUAUCCCAGCAUUGGACACGAUUGCAUUUACCUCCAAUUAAGCGAUUAAGCUGAACUUUUCUUUUUGUUUUUGUUUUUUUGAGAUAGGGUUUCUCUGUGUUAACAGCCUUGGCUGUCCUGGAACUCACUUUGUGUAGUGAGUCAGGAUGGCCUUGAAAACAGAGACCCUCCUGCCUCUGCCUCCAGAGAGCUGGAAUUAAAGGUGUGUACCACCUCGCCAGGCUGAACUUGAUUUUCAAAGCAAUAUUCAUGAGGGCCAAGCCAUCUGGACAAUUACAAAUAGUUACAUCUUUCAACAGCACUGCCUUCCUGGGGUUUUAUACUUUUGCCCCAAAAACUGAAUAAAGAAAACAUGACCAAACCAAUCAAACUAAUAUCUUUAUGAAAAUGUUAAGUCUGGGCAUUAUCUGAAUUUUUUAAAUAAAGAUUUUUUUUUUCAAAAUUCAAAAAGUAGAUUGUAAAUAAUAUGCCUUAAUUUGCAUACACAUAUGUCUUCUGUGUAAUUCUUUGUAUGUGUAGUUGAAAUAAACAGAAAACCAAUAUA